AUGUCGUUCCGCGAGCUGCGCAACCUGACGGAGAUGAUGCGGGCGCUGGGGUAUCCGCGGCCCGUGUCGGUGGAGAACUUCCGGACGCCCAACUUUGAGCUUGUCUCGGACCUGCUCUACUGGAUGGCGAAGAAGUACGACCCGAGCUCGAGCGUCACGGAAGAGAUCGACACGGAGGAAGACCGCAUUGCGUUCCUGACGUCGGUCACGUCCGAGUUCUUCAACAAGGCGCGCAUCCGCCUCAACCCGAAGAAGCUCUACGCGGCCGACGGCUUCGCGGUCAAGGAGCUCCUCAAGGUCGCCAAAGUGCUCUACGAAGCGUCGCGCAUCGACCCGUCGAGCCUCGAGACCGACGACGACGAUCUCUCGACCAAGAGCCUCCUCGGCUCCAAGCUCAAGGACGCCAAGGCCACGCGCGCCCUCUCGGCCGAGAUCACCGACUGCGGCGCCAAGCUCUUUGACCUGCUCGAGAACGAGCUCGACGUCCGCGAAGCGCGCUCGAACGCCCUCCGGUUCCUCGACACGCACAAGUUUCUGGAGAAAUCCAUCAAAGAGCUCAUUGCUGGCGUGUCGGAGAACGUCGAGAGCAUGGAGCGGCAGUGCGCCGAGCUGGACGCGGAAGAGAAGGCGCUGAGCGCCAAGAUCAAGAAGGCCCAAGGGGACCUCGAGCGCAGCGAGAAGCGGCUCAAGUCGCUCCAGAACGUCCGCCCAGCUUUUAUGGACGAGUACGAAAAGCUCGAGAAGGAGCUCGAGCGCCAGUACGCGAUCUACUGCGAGCGCUUCCGCAACCUCGACUACCUCCAGCGCGAGCUCGACUUGCACAACGACCGCGAGCUCAAGAAGCUACAAGAGAACGACCGGACGCUCAAGAAAAUGCAGAAAAAGUUCCGCGACGACGAACUCGCGAUCCUGCGGGGCGAACAAGAGGAGCCCGGCGACGCACCACUGCCGAGCUCGGACCACGACACGAAAAGCAACCAGCAGCAGCAAAGCUCCAUGUCCAAGGCGAGCAAGGACCAGCCGGACGGUCGGCGCAAGAGUAAGGCGAAUGCCAAUGUCAACUCGUCCGAGAGCGAAGACGAGAGUGAAGACGAUGAGAGCGAAGACGACGACGAUGUGCCUGCCGCCGUUACCAAGUCGUCGGCGGCGGCCAAGGCGACCAAAGGCUCGGAGGACGACGAGAGCGAGGAUGAAGUCUCGGUAGCCGACUCGAUCGACAACGACGACGAGUCCGGUUCGGGCUCGGAGGUCGAGUCGAACGGCUCCAAGUCGGGCUCGGGCGCGUCCGAGUCGGGCUCCGAGUCGGACCCUGACUUUUAG